CAUUACGCAUCGAGUCUGUGAGUCACAAUCAGAGCGGUGAUGAAUGACGGUGCUGACUGCAGACCUGGACCCGGGCCCUACCAUGAGGAAACACUGAUAGCAGAGCGAGAGAGAGAGAGAGAGAGAGAGCGAGCAUACGUACACAGAGGGAGAGAGGGUACAGGAGAGAGCGUGUGAGGUAGACAACGCAAGAGGGAGGGAGGGAGGAGAGAGAGAGGGAGGGAGAGAGAGAGAAAGCGAGACCGUGCUUACUUUGUAGCUGCCGAGAGCUGCGUGACAGUUUGCAGAUGCCGACAGAUGUGCCCGAAGACAGGCUCAACAACGAGGAGAAGGGGGCCAAGUGUGACAGUAUGACUCUGGCCAGCACCCCCACCGUCCGUAGAGGAAGCACUCCUCUGCCAAUUAAGCACCAGCUCAGGCGGGAAGAAGCUGUCCACGAUGACUGCGACUGGACAUCAGGUGCAGCCGGACCGUCCGUGUCACCGAUCAGCUUCAGUCCAGCCCUGGAUGACACUCUGACCGUGGCAGUGGAGGACCGACCCGAUGGGCCUCUAAGAAUUGCCCUGCUGGGGCAGAACGGCGUGGGGAAGUCUUCGCUGGCCAUCGCCCUCGCCGGGGAUAUGGAUAGAACUGCGUCUGUGGAUUCUGAUGGGGAGGGUUAUGUGCGUACAGUCACCGUGGAUGAUGAGGACAGCACCAUCAUUAUCUUUGACAACUGGCGACAGGUGAGCCCAACAACACUUCACUGUUCCCACUGUCCCUGCUCCUUCAUUAGACCGCUGAGUCCGUACCAGUUCACGGCUCAGCUGCAUUUUGCUGUUCGGAUAUCAGAGACUCAGAUGGCUUUUAAAUCUUUCACCAUCUUUAAAAGGGACACAGAAUGUAAGGAGCAUAGUGUUCUGUUUUACUGUAUUUAUUGUAUUAAUCCGAUCCACUUAGACCCGAUUUGAAUACAGGCAUAUCCCAGCAUGCACCGGGCAAAGGGUUGCUAGCCAAAUUAUCAUGUAACAAAUAAGCCUAUGGGGAUUUGGUCUAAAGAUAAAACCAACAAAAAGAACAUAUUCAUUGCAUAUGGAUCAUUUUUAGACGUCUUGAUAUUGUUUAUUUGCCAACAACCGAUAUCCAACUAAGAGAAGAGGGCAGUAAAUGUGCUGCAUCUGCAUUUGGUGACUGGGGGAAAGCUCAUUAUUAGGCUGUUUUGCUCACAUCCCUGGAGCACAGUUCACAGGCAUUUGUGCGCAUGUGAGGAAAAGGGAACACGAAAGGGAUGCUCACAGUGCAGAUGUGCCCAACGCAUACAUUAACAUGUGCAUAUUGCUUUAUGUAUACAAUAACAUGUGACACAAUUAUGUUUUUGCACAUGCAUACAUGCACAUCUGCCACCGUGAAGCGGGGCAAGCGAAAUUUGCCCCUUGCUGUGUUCAAUUGCAGUCUAGUAAGAAUUAAAUAAAAAAUCAAUGGACUGUGGCAACUUUAACUAAAGACAAGCAGAGACCUAGAGUGGA